CAUGUUAUAAGUAAAAUUUAUUUGCUUUGCGAUAACUAAAUCACUGCGCAAUUGUCCAUUAAUACCGCAAAAUAAUCUGACAAUAAUAUUUAAUAAUUAAAAUUAUACAAGAUUGUGUCGUUUAUAAAGUUCAAGGUAUAAAAAAUCAUGUCCCAUAUAAAAAUUUUGAUUUUAAUCGUGUCCUGCACAAUUUUUGCUUCUGCUGCUACAUCUUCCUCUUCCGAGGAAAUUGAUGACGAUGAUUGGUUUAAUUCGAUAGAAGACGAAGGAAAUAAUGGGACUUCGGUUGAUAAUAAGUCCGCCGCUCAAAAACAAAUACGAUGGGAUAGACAAAGCCUCUGUAGUCACGACCCGGUUACGUCAAUUAUCCUAAAAUUGAUUUUGGAUGCGCAAUUAAAGAUGCAAAAGGGGGACAAUAGCACGGGUUUAAUGCCGUUGGACCCUCUUCGAAUUCCUGAACUGGUAAUGGGCGAAGAACGGGAGAGAAGUGAUGGAUCUGUGAGACCACCACCAAUUUCGGCAAAUUUGGAAGAUAUUUACAUUCAAAACCUGUCUAAAUUUAACAUCACCGGAAUAACGGCAGAUUUGAGCAAAAUGUUCAUAAAUAUUUCUCUUUUCAUGGAAACCGCAUCAAUUACAGGGACCGGACGUCUUAAAAUUGGCCCCAUAAAACUUCCGGUUUUUGGAAAAGGAACAUUUUCCUUUAGACUGGAAGGUUUGGACGCAUUUCUAGCCUGCUCGUUUGCCUCCCAUCCGAAUGGGACAAACUACCUUAAAGAAUUUGACUAUGGUUUCACCAUGAAGAAAUUGUACAUCGACUUCACCCCACCACAUCGGGUCGGGGGACUGUUUAGAAAUCCACUCCUAACUCCAAGUGGACCCUUGGCUUCCUUGCGGGCCACGAUUUUCAACAGAUUAGAGGACAGGCUGCACUCACGAUUACAAAAACGAGGAGCGGACGAGAUAUCUAAGCGGAUGGGAAAAUGGAAAAUUAGAGAAGAAAUUAUGGAGGAAAUGCUAAAUCACUCCGUCUACUGUUAUUUUGGCUGACGUUGAAACCCACAAUUUUAAAUUUGUCAACCGUUUCCGAUAGGAGUCGUGCAAAUUGUAGUUAAUUCCAUGACAAUUACUAAUAUUAUGGCUUCAAAUGCGAAUAAAAUUUUACCCAACGUCUGCUCUGUUUUGUAGAUUUUAAUCCUAAAGUUAAUAAAGAUUAUGCAUAAUCUUUUUGGAAA